UGUCGUUCGGCAAUCUCUUCGACGACGAGGAGGGCCAACAGUUUUUCGAGGCCAUUGUGGGGACGCUCCGCGCAGCGAAGAAACGCGGCGUGGUCGACUUCAAGGGGCAGAUGCUGUUGAAGGGGGCACACGACGACGUGAUCAUAAGUUUGCUCAAGCCAAUCGAGGCCUGAGCAACUCGAGCUGCCGGAAGAGCGUGCACCAGAUGCGGAGCAUACUCCCCGGAUAAAAAUAAAAAUAAACAAGACACCGGAACAUCUCCUUGCGAGCUUGGCUGCGUGAUACAGGCACCCGCUGCUCUCACCGGUUGGUUGCUUGCUCCUUGAGCAAAAUAUUUUGUACCUGAAUUGAUUGUUUUUUCAAGUGUCGGGCGUGGUACGUUGUAGAGCACAAGCAAGGCUGCUUUUGUCGGAAUCCCGGCUGAGGAUAUGAGCGCGGCGGUCUCAAGCGGGGCAGCUUCCGCUUCCGCUAUCGGCCAUCAAGAAGAAGAACGCCAGGACGUUGCCGCCACCUUGGGCGAGAUCGACGGCUGCCUUCGCCGGUGGAAAGCCGCGCGGCACGAAGGCCAGGCGGUCCUGACGGACCUCAGCAACGCUCUCCUGCUUCGGACAUACGUGGACAAAGGAGGUGGUGGUGGUGGGCGUGCCACAACCGCCGGUGCGGUGUGGGGCGCUCUGGCGGGUGCAGGGACGACGGUUUCCCGUGUGUCAGUCGCCACCGAGGCCCGUGCUCGUCGCCUCCACGGCGACCUGAGCGCUCUGCAAGACGCCAUGGUCGCCGCAGCGGGGCAACUCAGCCGGCACGCCCGAGAGGUACGGCGGCGCUGGGUAUCCGCGCGGGCGGGAGGGGAGGACCACCGCCCAAGCGGUAGUAGUCGCGGCGCCAAGUCAAGGGUGGAAGCGGCAGCGGUAGUAGCCAUUGCGGUGCAGGACGGCGAUGGUGCCGGGUGCGGCAACAGGGCCGGCGGCGGCGGCGGCGGCGGUGCAGCGGUUGGAGGCGGCUACGCGCUGGUAGACGUCGCCGACACCACUUCUCAGGUCGCCGAUAUGCUCAUGAAGGAAGCCUUGGUGACGGCCACUGUAGUGCAGGGAGUUGGUCAGGAGCACGGCAGGGACGAUAGGGAGGCGCUGAUCGUCUACGCCGCGGCUUGGAUGAUGCAGCCGUAUGUUGACGCGGGACGGUUGAAGGAGCUAGAGGUUAUGGUUAGAGGGCAGGGAAGGGGAAAACGCGGUUGACAUAUCGCCAAUUAUGUGCAAGACGCUCCUUCUCUGUCCCUGUUGGAAGCCCCGGCUGUACGUUGAUGGUGUACAGGAGUUUUGUCCAUUAAGUGGCAUGUCUCUGUUUUUAUGUUUCCAUGUGUCGCAAAAUGGCUUUACGACUCAGUCUGUUUCAGACGAAGCUUAGCGAUUAUUGUUUCACGCCUCGCGCACAAGUGUUCACGUCAUGCCAUACCUGGUACGCGUACGCAGAAAGUUCACCACGCAGGGGGGGACUUCACAAACAUCAUUUUUGUGACAGUUGUCGUAGAAACAAUAUAAGGCGUUCUGUGGACCAGUUUAUUCGUGUUGUUGAUUUUGUCCUGUGCUCGAUGAUUGUAGGGAAGGCGAUGCCCAAAGUGUUUUGCGCAACGAAGCUGGGGCGCCAGCGUUGUAGCAUGUGCCGCCUGAUGAGGCAAAUGACAUCACGACUGCCGUAACCUCGAAGGUACCACCGUGCGUGGACGGAAACCAUAUAACCAUAUGGUAUGAUGGCCUGCUAAGUGAAAAAUGCAU